AUGUCUCCUGCUGUCUCCUCUCUGGUGAGUUCUGUCUCCUCUCAGGUGAGUUCUGUUUCCUCUCAGGUGAGUUCUGUCUCCUCUCAGGUGAGUUCUGUCUCCUCUCAGGUGAGUUCUGUCUCCUCUCAGGUGAGUUCUGUCUCCUCUCAGGUGAGUUCUGUAUCAGUUUCUAUAGUUCUGUCUGUCUACAUUACACAAUAGAUCUGUUCAGAUGAUAUAAUGAGUAUAUUAUGCUACCUUGUAAUGAUGGCCUGUAUGUUGUCCUCUUACCUCUCUGUUGAUGGGUCCAGUAUGAUGGUGUUCAGGACAAUGUGGUCCAGUUCCUCUUUAGUGACUGUGUGUUUCUGUUUGACAGCUCUAUGUGUUGUGGACUCAGUCAUCACUAACGUGACCGGAGUUGUUGGAGGACAGGUCGCUUUCGUCUGCUCAUUCACAUGGGCAGGGACCAAUUACAAGUACUUCUGCAACAGUAGAUGUUUAAGUAACAGUGACAUUCUGGUUAAAACUGAGGACAGCAAGAACUAUAUUGAGAGAGGGAGAUACACUAUAGAUGACAGAGGAGAUGGAGACUUCACUAAUACGGUCAUACAUUUGGCAAGAGGUUAGGAAGUGCAGUUCAGUUUCCAUCUAAUUUUGUGGGCAGUGUGCACAUAGCCUGUCUUCUCUUGAGAGCCAGGUCUGGCUAUGGCAUCCUUUCUCAAUAGCAAGCCUACAGUGGUUCCUCAUUUAUAAGUUGCGUCAUACCUUAGUAUAGCGUGCAGUCCUAAUUCUACUUUGCAUGCAUUAUUUGGUGUUUUACGUUGUUCACAGAGGAUGUGUUUGCAACAUUCUGCAUGAAGAGUCUCAAUGUGUUGUUUGUCCCAUUUUGUGAAUUCUUGGUUGGUGAGCGGACCCCAGACCUCACAACCAUAAAGGGCAAUGGGUUCUACAACUGAUUUAAGUUUAUUUAGACAGGAUUUGUUGUUCCUUUUGAUGGCAUAGAAGGCCCUUUUUGCCUUGUCUCUCAGAUCGUUCACAGCUUUGUGGAAGUUACCUGUGGUGCUGAUGUUUAGGCCGAGGUAGGUAUAGGUUUUUGUGUGUUCUAGGGCAAUGGUGUCUAAAUAGAAUUUGUAUUUGUGGUCCUAGCAAGUGGACCUUUUUUGGAACACCAUUAUUUCUGUCUAACUGAGAUUUACUGUCAAGGCCCAGGUCUGACAGAAUCUGUGCAGAAUAUCUAGGUGCUGCUGUAGGCCCUCCUUGGUUGGGGACAGAAGCACCAGAUCAUCAACAAACAGUAGACAUUUGACUUCAUUCUAGUAGGGUGAGGCCGGGUGCUGCAGACUGUUCUAGUGCCUCGUCAAUAUUUGUUGAAGAAUCACACACACACACACACAACACACACACACACACCACACACACACACACACACACACCAACACAGCACCACACACACAACACCAGUAUCUUCAUCAUGUGUCUUCCUUCUUCCCUAGCCUCCUCUUCUUGGUGACCACUGGGACCCCAGAACACGUAUGAAACAUUACAACCUCUUGUAUCAUUCCUAAGCUGGGGAGCGUGUAGGAUGAUCUUAGGGGUGGUUAUGGAAACUGGUAUCAGUCCUGGGGACUAGGUGGGUUUUUGAACUGGUACGGGGGGGGGACUGGGGGGUUAGGAAACUGGACUCGGGGGACUAGUGGUUAUGAAAAAGGUACGUUUUGUAUGGGGGCAGGGGGUUGUAACGGUACGUAGUUUAGUAGGGCUAGGUGGUUGGAACUGGUACAUCGGGACUGGUGGGUUUUGGGGAAAGGUACAUUUUGGGGAUAGGUGGUUUUGAAACUGGGACAGUCGGGUGAUGGGGUUUUUUGAAACUGGUCAGUCGGGGACAGGGGUUUUGAAAACCCGUAGGUGGGGCUAGGGGGUUAAAAACGGUACAAUUGUAGGUGGCAGGUGGUUAGGAAACUGGACAGUGGAGGAUAGGGUUUUUGGAAACUGGUACAGUCGGGGGUGUAGGUGGUUUGGAACUUACAGUAGUUUAGGUGGACUAGGGGUUGGAAACUGUACAUUCGGGGGACUAGGUGUUAAAAACUGGUACAUCGGGUAAAAUAGGUUUAAGGAAAAUGGGACUCGGGGACUUUUGGGUUUUGAAACCGUAAGUAGGGGGACUAGGGGGUUUAAAAACUGGGACAAGUUGUAGGUGGCUAGGUGGUUAGGAAACUGGUACGAGGGGAUAGGGGGUUAGGGAAAGGGACAGUCGGGUGUGGGGGUUAGGAAAAUGGACGUAGUUUUUAGGGGGGAUAGGGGGUUGGGAAAAUGGUACAGUCCGGGGGACUAGGGGGUUAUGAACUGUACAUCGGGGGACUAGGGGGUUUGAAACCGGACGUAGGGGACGUUUUGGGUUUGAAAAGGUACUAGUUGUAGGGUGGACUAGGUGGUUAGGAAAAUGUACCUUGGGGACUAGGUGUUAGGAAACUGGUACGUCGGGGACUAGAUGGUUAUAAAAAGUACAGUGGGGAAUAGGUGGUUAGGAAAAUGGUACAGUCGGGGGCAGGUGGUUUGAAAAAUGGUACAGUAUUGUGGAGGAUAGGGGUUGAAACUGGACAGUAGGGGACAGGUGGUUUGGAAAACUGGUACGUAGUUUUAGGAGGGCUAGGUGGUUUGGAAAAAUGGGACAGUAGUUGUAGGAGGACUGGUGGUUGGAAAAGGUCAUUCAGGGACUAGGGGGUUAGGAAACUCGUACAGUGGGGCUAGGGGUUAUGAAAACCGGGACGUAGGGGAAAAUAGGGGGUUAGGAAAAUUGGGACAGUAUUGUAGUGGAGUAUGGUUAGGAAAAUGGUACAUUCCGGGGGGAGGGGGUUAGGAAAAAAGGGGACAUGGGGACUAGGUGGUUUUUGAACUGGUACAGUAGGGGGGCUAGGUGGUUAGAAACUGGUAAAUCGGGGGACUAGGUGGGGAGAAAAGGUAAAGUAGUUUUUUGGAGGACUAGGGGGUUUGAAAAUGGGACAGUAGGAGGACUAGGUGGGUUGGAAACUGGUACAGUCGGGGACUAUGGGUUUGGAAACUUUAAAAAGUUGUAAGGACUAGGGGGUUAGGAACUGGGACUCGGGGGCAGGUGGGAGGAAAAUGGUCAGUAGGGGAUAGGGGGUUAGGAAAAUGGUACAGUAGUUGUAGUGGGGCUAGGUGGUUUUGGAAACCGGUACAGUUUGGGGGGGCUAGUGGUUUAACUGGGACAAAAAGGAGGACAAGGGGGUUAGGAACGUACAUAGGGGGACUGGGGAUUUGGAAACUGGUACAGUCGGGGGGCAGGGGUUAUAAAAGGGACAUAGUUUAGGAGGACGUGGUUUGAAACUGGACGUAGGGGGACUGGGGGGGUUAGGAAAAAGGGGACUCGGGGGACUAGGUGGUUAGGGAAAAUGGUACAGUGUUGUAGUAGGACAGGUUGUUAGGAAAAUGGUACAGUCGGGGGACAGGGGGUUUGGAAACUGGUACGUAGUUGUUGUAGGACUAGGUGGGGGGAACCGGUACAGUUUGGGGGGCUAGGUGGUUAGGAACUGGUACUAGGAGGACAGGGGGUUAGGAAACUGGUACAUUCGGGGGACUGGGGGGUUUAAAACUGGUACUCGGGGGGCUAGGGGGUUUAAAAUGGUACGUAGGGGGGCUAGGUGGUUAUGGAACUGGUACAGUCGGGGGACUAGGUGGUUUAUGAAACUUGGGAUAGGGGCAUUGUCAUGCUAAACAGGAAGGGGCCUUCCCCAAACUGUUGCCACAAAGUUGGAAGCCAGAAUCGUCUAGAAUGUCAUUGUAAUGCUGUUGGGGUAACGUUUCCACUUUACAAUAACAUAACUUACAAGUUGACCAGGGGCAGCUCUAGCAGGGCAGGAAUUUGCCAAACUAACUUGUUGGAAAGGUGGCAUCCUAUGAUGGUUCCACGUUGAAAUUCACUGAGUUCUUCACUAGGGCCAUUCUAAUGGCAAUGUUUGUCUAUGGAGAUUGCAUGGCUGGGUACUAUAUUUUAUACACCAGUCAGCAACGGGUGUGGCUGAAAUAGUUGUAUCCACUGAUUUGAAGGGGCGUCCACAUACUUUUGUAUGUACAGUGUAUGUUCUGUGUUCCACAGGGCCAGACUCCAAUCUGAUCGUCUGGUUGUGACACAGUGUUUGUGUUGCCAGAGCUGGGGUUCAAUUUAAUUGAAUUUAGUUCCAUUUCAAUACAGACAAUGAAUCGCAAUACAAUUUAUCAUUGAUGACCAUCAUUUUUUAUGUGGAAUUUCACUUCACUUCCUGAAUUGACUGAGUUGAAACAUCUAGUUUAUUUGAAUAACUGUAACCUCGUCCCCAGGAUCAAUAGAGAGAGAAAGAACCAUCUGGUUGUCGAGAUUAGAGUAUAUUUAUUCAUCAGUACUGAUAACAUUCUGUAGGGGGCGAUGUGGAGGUUGUUUUAUUUGUUUACUGAGAUCUCAGUUGCUUGUCUGUUAUGUGAUGACAUCAUUCAUUAAGGGGGAGUUGGGUUGUAGAGGAGGGAUGUUUCUCCUGUUCAGAAACUCAUCUGUUGAGUUGAUCAUUUACAAAGACUGUAUUUGGAUCAAUGAAAUGUCAUAGAAAAGUAAUACAAUAUAAUGACGUAUACUUUAACUAUAUUGUCAUCAUCUCAACAAUGUGUUCCUCCUCUGCUGAAAGAAACAUGGUAACUUUAGAACAGAGAAGUUGACAGUUUUUAACACUUAGUCACCACAGCUAGCUGAGUUCUCUUGUGGUUUAGAAGUCUAACCUUCGGCCGGUUUGAACCAGUUUCAAUCUGCAGCAAAUAGACCUCCAGACACUGAAGUCACUUCAGAGAAAUCACCAGGAUAUAAUAUCCUGGUGAUUUCUCUGAAGUGACCUCGGGGAAAGGAGAAAGGAGGAGAGGGAGAAAAGGAAGAAAAAGAGAAAGAGAGAAAAGAAGAGAGAAGAGAGGAUGAGGAGAGAAAAAGGGAGAAAGAAGGGGGAAGGGGAAGGGAGUCCCCAAGGGGGGUUAAAAAAGGGGGGGACUAGGGGGUUUUUGGGUGUUUCUCAAAGAAGUUUUGGGGUGAGCAGCAUGGAAAGUCUUCUCCCCCCUUUCCCUUCUUUAAAAGUAUUUAAAACUCGUUUAAAAUUACAUUUUUAUCUACUUAGUAUUAGUGUGUUUUUUAUGUUUCAUGAUGAAAUUGUGGUCAGUACUUUACAAGAUAAGGGUUGGGUACGGUUUUAAUUUGAACGGACUAUUCUCAUUUUUUUCAUUUUGACGCUCUUUUCCCAGUUUCAGGUUGGCAGUGCUGGACCUUAAGGAGGACGGGUGGAAAAAUCAAAUGCCCCAAAUUUCACAAGCAACAAAAAAUACUUCUGCAAGGAAGCUGCACUAUUCAAUAGUUGGUUUUAAACUGACAGCAGAACAAAAAUUGGAGAGGAGAUACAAUAAGAAAGGAGAUGGGACUUCCUUUUCCCACAAAACCUUAGAUGAAACCCGGGGGACCACUUGUUGGAGUGAACAGAUUUUCGUAGACACACCAAAAAUUUCCUUCCCCCAGCCCGGGACGGUAGGGGUUUUCAAUGGUUUUUGUUUUACAAAGGAAAUUUAAAUUUCACAAUUUGUUUUCUCUUCGUACAGAACUCUUUUGCCCUUUAGUAUAAAAAACACAUUAGUAAAGUUAUAUUGAAAGAUGUCCACUGGGGCAUUACCCCCCUCAUUUCCCCCCCAGUAAAAAUCAAAGUUAGGGGGCAGGAGGAGAAAUUGAAAUGUGUGAGAGAAGAUUAAAUAGGAAAAUGAAAGAGAAAAUUAAACCAGGAAUAAAAAGACUCGGGGAGUAGAAAGGAAAGUAAAAGGGGCGAGGUUUUCUUUUAAAAGGGCAUUUCAUUUUUUCUUUUGGGUUGGGUUGAGAGAGGGAAAAACUAUUUGACUUUGUUGGGAUCAGUAAAGGAGAAAAAGAUGGAGGAACUAGUUGAGCCGAGAGGUGAGAUAAGGCAAGUAAAAUAAAGUGAGAUUUUGUUUGAGGGGAGAAACAGACAGAGAGACAGAUUAGAGAAGAAGAAAGAGAGAUUAGAGAUAGAAGAAAAGUUAAUAUGAGAGAAGAUAGAGAGAUGGGAAAGGAUCAUCAUUAUAAAAUUGGAUCUGUGACUUAAAAAAAAGGGGAAGAUAAAGAAUGGAAUCUGACAGUACCCGGGAAAAAAAGAAAAAAAUGAACACGGGAACUGGAGAGAGAAGAGAGAUAGAGGAGGAGAGAGAGAGAGAGAGCGUAGAGAGAGAAGAGAGAGAGAGAGAGAGAGAGAGAGAGAGAGAGAGGAGAGAGAGAGAGUUGUGGUAGAGCAGCAUGUACAAAGUCUUCAUCACCAUGGUUACCCUUCUGUUAGGUGAGUUCACUCAGUUGUAUUACAGUUUUAUUACAUACUGUAGGUACUCUAGUGUGUGUUUUAUGUAUUCACGAUAAAAAAUAGUGUGUAAAGAUACAUUUAGAAAGAUGAAGUGUUGGGGUGACAGGUUUUAAUACUGGACUGGACUAUUUCUCAUGUUUUCAUGUGACAGCUCUGUGUCCAGCUGAGUCAGAGGGUUUGGCAGUGACUGGACGUGAAGGAGGACAGGUGGAAAUCAAAUGCUCACAUAUAUUUGCACAGAGCAACAAAAAAUACUUCUGCAAGGACACCUGCACUGGUUCAGAUAUUCUGGUUCAAACUGAGGACAGCAAGAACUAUAUUGAGAGAGGGAGAUACAGUAUAGAUGACAGAGGAGAUGGAGACUUCACUGUUACCAUCAAGAACCUGAAGAUGUCAGACUCUGGGACCUACUGGUGUGGAGUGGAGAGAUUAUUCGUAGACACGUCUCAUGAAGUGCUUCUCACAGUCCUGGACGGUACGUGUUUCAUGUUGUUGUAUUUACAGAGGAAUUUAAUUUCACCAUCUUGUUUCUCUUCAGUACUAGAACUCUAUUGUCUUUAGUAUACCACACAUUGGUAAUAGUAUUAGUACUGAAGAGAAACAGUAAUAUUCAGUAUUAGUAUUUAGCUGCACAUCAUUCUUAUUAAGGAGCAGAAUGUUGUCUAUUACUCAGUGUCACACUGUGGCUAUUACACACAUCACUUCCUGUUCAGCUUCCCUGUUCUAACAAUACAGUCUUACAUCAGUCUUACACAGAACAGAACAUCAUUUAUAUUUUUAUUUUCAGCUACGCUUAUUCAGCCUGACAUCACUAGGUUCAGUCUCCGCCCCCCUGUCAUAGUCAGCAGGACAACGGUAGUCAUAACAACAGGUAACCUCUAAACCAGUGGUACUCAUUAUUGGACCCUGGCACUACACACCAAACCUUUAUUAGUGGGAUCAGGUGUGUAGUGCUGAGGCUAAAACUAAAUGAUCACCCCUUUGGGUCCCCAGGACCAGGAUUAAGAUACACUGCUCUAGACAUAGAUUGAGACAGUACAUCUGCAUUCUAAGCUGCCCAGCAUCCAGAUACCAGGUUAUACAGGGUACACAUUUUAAACAUUUAGUUACGUUACAGCCUUAUUCUAAAAUGGAUUAAAUUGUUUUUAAUCCUCAUCAAGCUACACGCAACACCCCAUAAUGACAAAGACAAAAAAAUAAAGGAUAUAUCACAUUUACAUAAGUAUUCAGACCCUUUACUCAGUACUUUGUUGAAGCACCUUUGGCAGCAAUUACAGCCUCAAGUAUUCUUUGGUAUGACGCUACAAGCUUGGCACACCUGUAUUGGGGGAGUUUCUCACAUUCUUCUCUGCAGAUCCUCUCAAGCUCUGUCAGGUUGGAUGGGGAGCAUCGCUGCACAGCUAUUUUCAGGUCUCUCCAGAGAUGUUUGAUCGGGUUGAAGUCCAGGAUCUGGCUGGGACCACUCAAGGACAUUCAGAGACUUGUCCCGAAGCCACUCCUGCGUUGUCUUGGCUGUGUGCUUAGGGUCGUUGUCCUGUUGGAAGGUGAACCUUCGACCCAGUCUGAGGUCCUGAGCGCUCUGGAGGAGGUUUUCAUCAAGGAUAUCUCUGUACUUUGCUCCGUUCAUCUUUCCCUCGAUCCUGACUAGUCUCCCAGUCCCUGCCACUGAAAUACAUCCCCACAGCAUGAUGCUGCCACCACCAUGCUUCACCGUAAACAUGAUACCAGGUUUCCUCCAGACAUGACGCUUGGCAUUCAGGCCAAAGAAUUCAAUCUUGGUUUUCUCAGACCAGAGAAUCUUGUUUCUCAUGGUCUGAGAGUCCUUUAGGUGCCUUUUGGCAAACUCCAAGCGGGCUGUCAUGUGCCUUUUACUGAUUAGGGGCUUCCGUCUGGCCACUCUACCACAAAGGCCUGAUUGGUGGAGUGCUUACAGAGAUCGUUGUUCUUCUGGAAGGGUCUCCCAUCUCCACAGAGGAACUCUGGAGCACUGUCAGAGUGACCAUUGGGUUCUUGGUCACCUCCCUGACCAAGGCCCUCCUCCCCCGACUGCUCAUAUUGGCCAGGCGGCCAGCUCUAGGAAGAGUCUUGGUAGUUCCAAACUUCUUCCGUUUAAGAAUGAUGGAGUCCAUCAUUCCUUCGACCUCAUGGCCUGUCAAUUGUGGGACCUUAUAUAGACAGGUGUGUGCCAUUCCAAAUCAUGUCCAAUCAAUCAGAAAUCACAUUGUAGGAUUUUUUAAUGAAUUUAUUUGCCAAAUUAUGGUGGAAAAUAAGUAUUUGGUCAAUAACAAAAAGUUUCUCAACACUUUGUUAUAUACCCUUGUUGGCAAUGACCAUGUCAAACGUUUUUCUGUAAGUCUUCACAAGGUUUUCACACACUGUUGCUGGUAUUUUGGCCCAUUCCUCCAUGCAGAUCUCCUCUAGAGCAGUGAUGUUUUGGGGCUGUUGCUGGGCAACACAGACUUUCAACUCCCUCCAAAGAUUUUCUAUGGGGUUGAGAUCUGGAGACUGGCUAGGCCACUCCAGGACCUUGAAAUGCUUCUUACGAAGCCACUCCUUCGUUGCCCGGGCGGUGUGUUUGGGAUCAUUGUCAUGCUGAAAGACCCAGCCACGUUUCAUCUUCAAUGCCCUUGCUGAUGGAAGGAGGUUUUCACUCAAAAUCUCACGAUACAUGGCCCCAUUCAUUCUUUCCUUUACACGGAUCAGUCGUCCUGGUCCCUUUGCAGAAAAACAGCCCCAAAGCAUGAUGUUUCCACCCCCAUGCUUCACAGUAGGUAUGGUGUUCUUUGGAUGCAACUCAGCAUUCUUUGUCCUCCAAACACGACGAGUUGAGUUUUUACCAAAAAGUUAUAUUUUGGUUUCAUCUGACCAUAUGACAUUCUCCCAAUCCUCUUCUGGAUCAUCCAAAUGCACUCUAGCAAACUUCAGACGGGCCUGGACAUGUACUGGCUUAAGCAGGGGGACACGUCUGGCACUGCAGGAUUUGAGUCCCUGGCGGCGUAGUGUGUUACUGAUGGUAGGCUUUGUUACUUUGGUCCCAGCUCUCUGCAGGUCAUUCACUAGGUCCCCCCGUGUGGUUCUGGGAUUUUUGCUCACCGUUCUUGUGAUCAUUUUGACCCCACGGGGUGAGAUCUUGCGUGGAGCCCCAGAUCGAGGGAGAUUAUCAGUGGUCUUGUAUGUCUUCCAUUUCCUAAUAAUUGCUCCCACAGUUGAUUUCUUCAAACCAAGCUGCUUACCUAUUGGCAGAUUCAGUCUUCCCAGCCUGGUGCAGGUCUACAAUUUUGUUUCUGGUGUCCUUUGACAGCUCUUUGGUCUUGGCCAUAGUGGAGUUUGGAGUGUGGCUGUUUGAGGUUGUGGACAGGUGUCUUUUAUACUGAUAACAAGUUCAAACAGGUGCCAUUAAUACAGGUAACGAGUGGAGGACAGAGGAGCCUCUUAAAGAAGAAGUUACAGGUCUGUGAGAGCCAGAAAUCUUGCUUGUUUGUAGGUGACCAAAUACUUAUUUUCCACCAUAAUUUGAAAAUAAAUUCAUUAAAAAUCCUACAAUGUGAUUUUCUGGAGAAAAAAAAAUCUCUAUUUGUCUGUCAUAGUUGACGUGUACUGUAGUGUCGAGUCAAUGUUGCUAAUUAUGCUGUUAAACAAAGGAGUCCGCUUAUACUGAACUUUGAUCAUAAGUUUUAUUCAUAUCACAAGAUUUCAGCAUAAGUUUACAGAUGUCUAGAGCAUCCGGAGAGCAGUGUCCGAAAAGAAUAUGUCUGCUGCUCUAAUGUUCUUUGUUCAAACCCAGUACUUAUAAUCUUUCCCAAAAUAUGGGGGGUUCCCCAUAUUGUCCAAUCCCCUGUCUACAACACACAGACUCUGUCUGUUCUAUGGGGUGUCACCCUAAAACGGCUCCCUCUGAAACUGAAUAAACAUCCUCUCAGGUUCCACUUAAAAACAUUAGCAAAGUCAUAAUUCUUAAUACACUACAGUACCUAUGAUGAAAAUUACAGGCCUCUCUCAUCUUUUUAAGUGGGAGAACUUGCACAAUUGGUGGCUGACUAAAUACUUUUUUUCCCCCACUGUACAUGAUGUUUUCACCUCAGUGAUAUCCAGGUCUCCUGCACCACCAUCCGCACCACCAACCUCACCCACCUCUUCAUCCACCCCAGAGUUUGUAGUGAUCAUGGUGUCUGUGUGUCUAACUGUGUUGGUGUUAACUGUCAUCCUGUUCACAGUCUACAGAUGGAAAUGUAACAAGGUGCAAGGUAUGUUUCAGACACACACGCACACACGCCCAAACACACACAAAACAUUACAAGUGUGCACUCUAUUUAAGAUGUUGUGUGUUCCACAGGGCUGGUCUCCUCCAGCAGACAGACCUCUAGCAGAACAAACACCCACCCAGGAAACAGUGAGGAGGUGAGGGGUUAAAGGUUAGGACGGGGUGGUUGGUCAUCGGGGUGUCUGCUGAGCUAACAGAUUAACAGAUUUAACCUAACCAUUCAGAUCAUCACCUGUAACAAUUCAUCAAAUGUAUUUAUACAACAUGAAUACAGAAUAAAGCACGUUCAUAUUUCCCCAAAUAAGGACUAUGGACAUAACACCACUGUCUGAUGGUACCGAUUAUGGCCUAAUGUUGUUGUAACUUUUCAGGGGAACCAGGACUAUGAGAAUGACCCUGCUACAGACACCAUGGUUCAUAUCAAAAACGAUGAUGCUGUCUACCAAAGCCUGAACCCCAACACUGCAAACCAAGAUUCAAUUUACCAAAGCCUGAACCCCAACACUGCAACAACCCAAGAUUCAACUAACCAAACCAUGAACCAGAAGACUGCAAACCAAGAUUCAAUUUACCAAAACCUGGAACUGCAAACAAAGAUUGGAUUUAGGGACUAA